AUGGAACAGCGUCGGAAGGAAGCGAGAAGCGAUGUGGAGCGGGAAGAAUGCAAAAUGCAAUAUCGCGAUGGAGCGCAGCGAUUCUUCCCGUUGGCAGCACACGGCGCUGUCAGUGCGCAAGUGCCGACGUGGUGUGGAGCUGCCUGGAAUUGGCUCAAUUCGGAAGAGUCAGGAUUGACUGGCGACGGCAACGCUCCGCACGUGACAGCGCUGUGGAAAUUGGUGAGACUUGUGUGCCAGCCGAAAUGUAACAAUCACGCGUUCUUUGACAGCUACGCUCAGGAGGGAUGCUUCUUCGUCGGAGGCUUACGCCGAGCAUUUCUACCGGAUGCAUGCGAAAGACAAUGA